AUGCGCCUUCAAUUACAUGACGACAUCUCGUGUAGAGAGAUUGUUCUAUCGAGGACUUUGUCCUUCCAAAACAUACGGUGUAGACCUCCAACAUCCACAUUUCUUCAUUUAUUACCAUCACCUACCGGAAACCCCCCGUGGCUGAGUUGCUCAUCUACGGUAGGGUGCGAAAAGAUCGAGUUGAUCCCUGUGGCCGAGUUCCACGAGGGCGCCUACAACCAGGUCCAGGAGUCCCAGGGCCACGAGGCUCACCUCACCCACGACCUCAUCGGCGGAGCUGUUGGCUACGAGGCCAUCAAGAAGUUCAACGAGUACCAGGCCAAGAACGGCAAGCCCGUCGAGCACGCCCAGGCCAAGGAGCUCAUCGGUGGCUUCGUUAGCGCCGCCCUUACCAAUCUGGUUGAGACCAAAGGUCUCGACCAGGUUGACAAGUUCAGGGCCGAGCAGGAGGCUAAGAGGCACGCUGAGGAGGCUCUCAGCCCCCAUUACGAAACAACCGUAUGGCCAGCGACGGGCACUGUGGGGUAUGUAUCGGAUCGACCAUCCACCCAUGGAUCUGUUUUGAAUGGGCGUGGCACCAUGCCACCUGACUGCCGAUAA